GCGCUCGUAGUCAACACAGCUUUCAAGUGCAAGCGGGUCCAACGUAGUGUCGAGUCAGAGGAACUACUCGCCUCAUCCUAACACAUUCAGUCGGAUUUAACGCAGUAAAAUAUUCUGUAUGACCGGGGGACACCACCACGCAGUAUGGUCCGGGAAACCAGACAUUUAUGGGUGGGAAAUUUACCAGAAAAUGUACGAGAGGAAAAAAUUAUCGAGCACUUCAAACGGUAUGGACGAGUGGAGAGUGUCAAGGUUCUUCCUAAACGUGGAUCGGAAGGUGGAGUGGCAGCUUUUGUGGAUUUUGUGGACAUUAAGAGUGCUCAGAAAGCUCAUAAUUCUAUCAACAAGAUGGGAGACAGGGACCUACGCACCGAUUACAAUGAACCAGGAACUAUUCCCAGUGCAGCUCGAGGCCUGGAUGAUAGCCUGUCCAUAGCCACUCGUGGGCGGGAUGUUUCAGGGUUCACAAGGGGGGCAGGGGGCCCUGUGUAUGGGCCCUCUGUGUCACUUCACAGCAGAGAGGGACGCUUUGAACGCAGACUAGACGGGACUUCGGAUGGCCGGGAACGCUCUUACGAUCACAGUGCCUAUGGACACCAUGAGCGUAGCAGCAGCAACAGCACUAGUUUUGAUCGCCAGCGUCACUAUGAGAGCGAUUAUUACAGAGACUCUAGGGACCGGGCCCUCAGUGGAGCCAGUGGGAGUGCCAGUUCAGCCAGUGGCAGCAUCGGAGGAAGCUCAUCUGUGGGCAGUGUUGGUGUUGCAGGGAAUGUUGCAGGAAGCAGUGGUGCUGGUGGAGGCAGUAGCAGUGCUGCUGGAGUAGGCAGUGGUGGCUCCACACCAGGAGGAAUUGUCUAUUAUGGUUCACGAAGCCGGAGCCCCAGUCGUUUUGAGACUACAGAGACUCGCUAUGAGCCCCGUGCCCGUGAAGCCUUCACACUUGCCAGUGUGGUUCAUCGGGAUUUAUUCAGAGAAGAAAGAGGCAGACGUGGGGAAAGGACAUACCACCACAGUCGCAGUAGAUCACCACACUCUUCGCAGUCACACAAUCCAUCACCACAGAGGUUGCAAAGUCAGGCAGCGCGACCGGCACGCUCCCGCAGUGGCUCAGGAUCUCGCAGUCGCUCCUCCAGCUCAGACUCUAUCAGCAGUACCAGCAGCAGUGGCAGUGGCAGCAGUGAUUUCCAGGCAGCAAGCUCCAGUGACCGAUCUCCAGCUCGAUCUGUUCAGUCCACUGCUGUCCCUGCACCUUCAACACAACCACUACCUUCACUGGACAAAGAUGAACCUCGUAAAAGUUUUGGUAUCAAAGUGCAGAACCUCCCUGUGCGCUCAACAGGUGAGAUUACUACAAGCCUCAAGGAUGGACUUUUCCAUGAAUUUAAGAAACAUGGUAAAGUCACAUCAGUUCAGAUCCAUGGUGCCUCUGAAGAACGAUAUGGCUUAGUGUUUUUUCGCCAGCAAGAGGAUCAAGAGAAAAAGCUCUAAGUGCAUCUAAAGGGAAGCUGUUUUUUUGGCAUGCAAAUUGAUGUCACUGCUUGGCAUGGUCCAGAAACAGAAAGUGAGAAUGAGUUCCGGCCUUUGGAUGAACGCAUAGAUGAGUUUCAUCCCAAAGACAGGACAUUAUUCAUAGGAAAUUUGGAGAAAACCACAACCUAUAAUGACCUGCUGAACAUAUUUCAGCGUUUUGGAGAGAGUGUGGAUAUUGAUAUAAAAAAGGUAAAUGGUUCCCCACAAUAUGCCUUUCUCCAGUAUUGUGACAUAGCAGUGUCUGCAAAGCAAUUGAAAAUGGAUGGUGAAUAUCUUGACAACAGGUUAAAGCUUGGUUUUGGCAAGAGUAUGCCUACUACAUGUGUAUGGUUGGCUGGCUUGUCCUCCAGUAUUACUGAACAGUAUCUCACAAGGCACUUUUGUCGUUAUGGACAUGUAGUAAAGGUUGUCUUUGACCGGCUGAAAGGAAUGGCCCUCAUCUUAUAUAAUAAUAUAGAGUAUGCACAGGCUGCUGUCAAGGGAAACAAAGGGUUGGAACAUGUGGAGGAUGAAAUAAAAUAAAGGUCUGAAAGCCAGAUGGCUUUCUACCGUUCAACAGGAUCUGGACAAGACAUAAGAGAUUUCUAUGUCAUAUCUGAACGAAGAGAUGAGCGCCGGACGCCAUAUCAUGAGUUCACAGCUGAACGUGGCAUACUAUGAAAAAUGUGUCGUACCCCAACUUCUUACACAGAGGAUGCACGUCGGAUAAUAUCCUGCCAGAAGUCGAGAGUUUUUAUUUCAGAAUGGGAUCCUUACCAGGGAGAUUACUAUGACCCACGGUAUUAUGAUGACUCCGUGAAUACAGGGAUUAUAGAGGACCCAUAUGAGAAGGACAUUCGAAAGGCUACAGCUACUUACAAAUGAGAACGUGAAAGGGAAAGGGAGGAGUUGAAACAGACCCUUGAGCGAGACAGUGGUCGACGAACAAUUGAACAUCAACAAAGCCCAACACAUCCACGUCGUCCUGCUAGUCCAGCUGCCUCUCCAUCCCUUUCUGAACGUCCUCGUGACUCUGAACAUCACGUUUACAGUCGCUCAUCUGAGCGAAGUGGCAGCUGCAGCUCACUUUCUCCACCACGCUUUGAGAAGCCAGACAAAAUUCGUUUGGAGAGGCACAAUAGGAAUGAUAAAUUGGAGAAAGAAAAAUCACUCUUUGAGGCAGAGGUGGCAAAUUGUGGGGAAACAGAAAGAAGAGCAGGACGUAAAGAAAAAGGCGACAAGGACAGGACUGAGAGACAGAAGUUGAAGAAGUUGAAACUUGCAUCUCCAACUGUUCCAUUACCAGAGGCAGAGCCUUGAACUUGACAGGGAGCUAGCCCAGAGGCUAACAUAACUCUGCGAGGUAAAGUGAGCAAAUCAUUGAUCAAAGACAAAGACUACUCUGGUAAAGGAAAACUUGAUCUGCUACCUUGUGUUGUCCAGCUAACAAGAGUAAAAGAGAAGGAAGGAAAAUUAAUAGACAGCAUCCUCAGUGAAAAACAAAAAACAAAGGUUGGGAGUGAUCCUGUUCUGUCUCCAACAACCCCUCCAUCAGCUGAUCACAAAAGUAUGCCUUUCCGCAAAGACACUCAGGCUAGAGAUUUCUUUAAGCAUGAACAUCUCAAGGAGAAAAGCCUGGCAAGCCAAGUGAGGGUAGUGGAUAAAGAAGACAAGUAAAAAAACAAAAAAUAUUUCAAAUCUGAUCUUGCAUUUGAAUCCAGCACAUCUGUGGAUGCUGACCGCAAGGCUGCGCGAAAGAGACGCUUUGAAGAAACAUGCAAGGCUGAUAAUUUAAGGAGAAUAAGUCAGGAGGAGGAUGAAGGGAAAUUAAGGAGAAUUAUUGAUGAACCUUUGCUGAAAGACCUUGAUUAUGAUACAAAAGUUGUUCAGAAAAGAAAACACAAGAGAGAACGAAAAAUUAAGCAAGAGAGGAUGGUUACUGUUAGUACUACAAGAGAGUUGGACAAUGUAAUGCCAGUAGGCCUCAGUUUAGACCUUCAGGCUCGACUUGGGGAACCAGCUGAGGAUGCAAUAGAUCCAUUAGAUAGCCUUGAUCAAAAGAUAGGUGCUUUUGGAGCUAACAGUCAACCAAGUUUCAGUCUAGCAGUCUCUGACGAUGGAAGUGUAGAUAUGGAAUUUUCAAGAGGGCAAGAGCUACAGCAUUUAACUAGCUACCACACAUCCUCAAGGCAAGAAAGAGAUUCUGAAAGGGAGGAGUUGCUCUCAGACAUUGAUCAUUCGCAGAGUUGCAGAAAACAAAGGGAGCAGAUCGCCGCUUUGCAGCAGCAAAUGUUGGAGUGUGAUAAAUCAGAAACUGAAAGCACACCAAGCACAGAUGCAGAGGAAUUUGCGCAUCGAAAUAUUGUGCAUGAGGUAGGAAAACCACCACAAGAUGUUAACGGCAGUUCUCCGAGCAGCAAGCAAAAAAAGUUGGGAGGAUUCGAAUUUGAUUUUGGCAAAAGACAGCAAAAUUAUCUAAUGUUUAGACAGAGAAAUGAUGAACCUGAAAGAAGACUUGCUUCACAUCCAGGGCACCCCCUUGCUGAGGAGGAGGAUAAAUGCAUCACAGUUGUUGACAAAGACCCAGAUUCACCAGUGACAAUGGAUAAAAAUAGCUUGCAUUUUGAUAUUUCAAAAUACAAUAUUAGCAAUGCAGUGCAUCAAGGGCGUUCACCACAUGCAGAGAUACUAAAAGUGAAACCAUCAGUUACUGAAGAGGGUUCUGUUGGUGAGAGCAAUAUUAGGCAGGGCACAUUGAGAGAAAUGAGCUUCCCCACAAGCAUUGUUAAACGGGAAAGUAUCCGAAAACGUCCUGAACGCGAAUUAGAACCUGGAGAGGUUCAAUCAGACUCUGAUGAAGAUGAAAGCAAACACUAUUCAUUAAAGCCAAUCUCUUUCAAAAGAGAGCACGAAGAGCGGUUUUCAGAUGUAAAGUAUUCUGAGUCUCUUGAAAGAAUAAGUUCUAUGAAUUGCAUUGGAUAGACAAUAACACCAGGACACAAAAGCUUUGCUUGAGCGUAUGCUAAGUCACUGUCUUCAUCUAGAGAAGGAAAAUUGUUUUUCCUUGGUCAUGACUCAAAAUUCAAAAGUUUACAGAAUAACACUGACAGAAAGUCUGAACCUACUCCAAGACCUAUUCCUUCUUGGUACUUGAAGAAAAAGAAAAGUCGCUCUGAUUCUGAUGGAAAACUUGAUGAUAAAAAGCAAGAUGCUAAGCCUGAUGAACAAGAAAGACAAGAUCUCUUGGCUUCCCGAUUUCUUCAUAGCUCAAUCUUUGAACAGGAUUCACGUCGGCUUCAACACCUUGAGCGAAAAAAUACUGACCCUGAAGUUAGAAUUGGCAGAGAUAGUAUUAGUGAUUCUCAAGGUGAACAACCCGGAACAGGAGGAUCAGACUUAUCUCAAGAACCAAGAGUACUUUUUCAUAGCCGCUUUUUAGAACUUCAGCAAAGGAUAAGAAACCAACAGCUCCCCAUUUCAGAAAAACUUAGUUUAACUGAUCAAAUGGAGAAGACAUUGGAUGAAGAGUUUAGGCCAUCUCCCAAUUAUCAGACAUUCCAAGAGUCAUUAGCAAGUCAUAUUAUAACACCUACAAUAUCCCCAGUGUCCCAGUCUAAAAUUUCAGAGAUGUCUGUGCACCAUGAGAAGCCUGUUUUGCAUACUACAUACCAAAACAUAGAUAAUCCAGCAGUUGUGAAUGAGAGGUCAGAAAAUGCUCCAGUAGAUUAUCCAUCGUUAAUUAGCAUAAAGGAUGAGAACACCACUGUUCCAUUGAGCACUCCAUCACCUGAAACCCACAAUAAAGAAGAUGUAAUUGUUAAAGAACCUGAGGAAAAGCUCAUUGAUUCCAGAAAAACUGUACACACCGCUGUUGAACAGGAGAUUGAGAUCAAACCUCCUACUCCUGGUGCAUCGUUAGCUAUGUUGAGCCAGAAUGUGAUGGCUCUGCAGGCAUCUUCUCCAUUGUAUCCAAAGACCAGUAAAGAUCAAGAAACUUUGGAGCUCUCAGAAACAACAACAGAGCCUGCUAAUUCUUCUCGUCACAAGGUUGUAUCUCCUCUGGAGCUGCCAGACACAGAAAUUGAACUACUACCACAGCGUAAACAACCUAAGAGUAAAAAGGUAAAGAAUGUCCCAUCAGCGCAAACGCAUAUCACCCUCGUUAAUGAAAAACCAGCUACACGAAGACGUGAACGCAUUGAUAAAGAAAAGCUAAAAAGAUCCCCCAGAGGGACUCUUACAAAACUUACUGCUGAUUCCAGAAAUUCUGCAAAAUCUCCUUUUCAACUUUUAGAUUCAGAGCAGGGCCUUGAAUCAAACACAAACCAAGGCAGAAACGCCAGCGACCGGAAUGUGCGAUCUGUCUAUGCAACACCCCCCAGAGGAAGAUCUCCUCAACAACAAGAAAAGAGUAACAGACCUCCCCGUUCCACUCUUAAGCGCUCUAGGGGUCGUCCACCAAGCUCGCAGACAGUGGAUGAUACGUCUCCGGUGAAAGGAGAUCAGGUUAAAAAUUCUGAGGCUGAAGACACUGAAAGAUAAAGAGUCAACAAGUAUGGAGAAAUAACUAAAAAUGCAGAGGCAGGCCGCUCUCCGCGUUCUCAAAAGGGGCAGUCUUCACCAAUAAGAUCAGCAAGAAAAGCCAAAAGACAUUGAAAUUGGAUAAAGUUGUCAGGUACUUCUGCAUCAGUUGAGUUAGACAGAGAAGCAGUUGUGUCACCUGCCCUAGAUCACAAGCUGAUCCAAAGAUACUUUGAGGCAGUUGGACAUUUGUCAAAAGAUACCAAAACAGAAUAACAUGUCUACUAGAUGAGAAAGGAACUUGUUGCUGAGGAAAUUUCAACAGAUGACAGUGUAGAAAUCACUCCUUUGGAAAAAUUAUUAGACAAGGAGGUCAAGACAUCAAGGUCAACACGGAACACAAAAGCAAUGUCUGAAAUAAGUCUAUCAAAUGUGGUGAAGCUCACUAUGGAUGCAGUUAGGAAGUGUUCAUCAUAGGGUGAUGACAUAGCUGUUUGUUUUGAAGGGUCUUUAAAAGCUAAUGUUCCACAAUCAGUAAAAGAACAGUCAAACGUUCAAGAUUACCACAAAAAGGAAAAUGUUAACAGCCCUGAUGAAAAGGAUGAGACUCUUUCAGAAAUGGUAACCUCCUACUGAUCCGUGGCUGCCCUGCUUGCUCGUCAAAUGGAACUGGAAAGAGCAGUGGAAAAUAUUUCAAGAUUUACAGAUGACCAGCAUCCGGUACCUUACAAAGAACCUCGUACAGAACCACCUACCCACACAGCACCUGUUGUAGUACAGCCUCCAGAAGAUCCAGAGGUAGGAAAGCCUGCCAAUCCAGCAAGUGAAACUGAAUUGGCUGAAGCAAUUAAUUCAAUUACUGCUGAGGAUAUAUCAGGUGAUACAGAGGGCUUCUCUGCUUCAACAACGUACACAACCCUCCUUCCUCAAUCAGAGACUCUUGAUUUGCCUGUACCAAAUGAGGUUAUGGAAACUGAGUCAAACUUGACUGUAAAGACUAUUGUACAGUCCGAACAAAAUAAUGUUGUUGUUCCAGUCUCAAAAUCUUCUCAAGCAUGUAACACAGAUACUUCACUCACAAGAUCACCAUUGACAGAGGUAGCAAAAAGAGGCGGAAAAGCACGUCCAAAAACGCCAAAAAAGAACAGAGGAGGAAGGGUUUCUUUGAACCGGAAACUAGAUAUUGCUGAGAAUGUAGUGCUGGAACCUGAAUCCACUACAGUCAAACUUCCAGAAUCUAUUCCUGAAGAGAUUCAAACAGCUAACCCUAAGGCAGCAACAUCGGCAGCUGCAGCAGCGGUAGUCAUUCCUGUUGCUGCCGCAUGCAAACAUGAAGCUGCAUCUACAGUGAUUUUGGAUACACCUAAAGAGGCAGAGCAGCCUGCUGUUGAAUCAGCCAACCUACAAGAAUCUGCCUUCCAUUCUGGAAAUAACAGUCCUUCUUAUUCAAGGACACAACAGUCAUCUCCUGAGCGAGGAGCAUCUGCCCUUACUUCACCUACAACAAUGCUGAAUUCACCUGCAUCCUCUAACAUCCCCCCUGAAUGGAAUACCAGGACAGAAGAGAAAGUAAGGUUACCUAAACCACAAGGUAAUGUGGCUUUGUCUAUCCCAGGAGCUGGGGGACCCCCAGCAAAUCCUCCUUUGCCUCCUGACACAAAAGCCUCUGAUAUUGAUGCAAGUUCUAGCACAGCUGCGAAUUUAAUGGAACCAAAGUAUGUGUCUUCUUCAAAUAGCAAUUCAGUGACAAGUAUGCAGUUCACUACCACAUUAGCAGAUCCACGGAUGUCCUGAUAAUGAAAAUUCCAGUUGGAAGCUGUGCUGCCUUUAAAGACCUCUCUACCUGAAGAUAGACCUAGCCCUAUAGCUCAGCUUGUACCCCUGACAGCACCACCGCAGCCCCCUCCUCUACAACAAUGUGAGACUCCACAGAUCUUAAAGGAGAAACUAGCAAUAACUUCUACUGCCACUUCAGUCAUUAGUCGGAUCCCUAUGCCCUUUGAUUUUGAGGACACUCCUCGCAUCUCUUUAAGUAAUCGUAACUCUGGAAUGUCUUUGCCAAAGCAGAAAUAUCGCACUGGCUUGAAUGAAAAUAAUAGGUAUCAUGGACAUAAUACUUCUGAAGAUGGUGGAAGUGUUGGGCGCCCAGUUGUUGAAGGCACACAUUGUAACACUGGGUCAAGUACUGGUUUGAGGGUCAACACAUCCGAGGGUGUGGUAGUAUUGAGUUAUUCUGCAAAGACAGAGGGACCACAGCGGAUCAUUGCAAAAAUAAGCCAAAUCCCUCCAGCCAGUGCGGUUGACAUUGAGUUUCAGCAGUCUAUAAACAAAAUCUCAGAUUAAACAAGAACCUCAUCUCACCCCUCUACCCCAAAAGGAUCACAGACACCCUACAGGCUAUGGGUCACACAGGGGUAGUAUUUAGCUGGCCAAAGUAUCAGUGCCCAACCUGUUAUUUCCUCAAUACGCCAGGAAAGCCCUACGUCUGAAAAAUCAGAAACCUCUUACCAACAAGGAAAUUCUCUGAAAUCUUUCCACCAGUCCCCAAGCCAUCCUCACUUCUGAGGUAGGUCAGUCAAUACACAGCAACACCAUAUGAAGAAAAGAGAAACUGAAUCAUUUUCAAUGAAAGCUGAUAAACCUGAUAUAAAGGCGUCGCAGACUUUCAAUGUUAAACCAGUUUUAAGUCCACGCCACCCAUCUUUCUCAGGCAAUCACAUUUUAAGUCAGGCUCCACAUGAAAGAGCUGUCCCACAACCCAAGCAAGAUUCACAUUCUCCAAGGGCAUCUAGCCAUUCCAUGUCACCCUUUCCAAGUUGCCCCCCUAACAGCCCCGUUGUUCUGGGACCAGCUGGCCCUAUGUCUCAGUAUGUGUCAAAUAUACACCAUGCUGAGCAGUCAGUGAUCAUGCCUCCUCAUAGUGUCACCCAGUCUGUGCCCAUGAGUCAUUUGUCCCAAGGGGACGUGCGAGCCAGUACUCCAACAUUAUCUGGAAUAGGUUAUGGAUUGCGUUCAGAAAAUCUCUUAUCACCUCGAUCAGCACCUCCACAACCCACAACUCCUCAACCUGCAGUAAUCAGAGAUGUCAUAUUGAAAUCGCAUGCAGGCUCGUCUGGUGGUGGUCGUGUUGAGACAAGCAAUGAUGAUGCACAGAAUCUCCCACAAGGACUUCGUAGGAGCUCUGCACCACAGUUGCAACAGGAAAGUAUAGUAAUACAGCCUGAAUUCAAAAGUCUGCAUCACAGGGCAUUACGUCUAGAUCAGUAUGCCAGACUUAUGCAGCAGCAUUUGACUGACCAUCCCGGUGUUGUUGAAAGUCGCCAAACUCGAACCCCAGAGGUGGUGCAGUCAUCUUCACACAUUUCAUCUGCUUCUUCUAAAUCCUCUUCCAUAGUAAAGAAUGCUCCACAGAUUGUGAGGGAUGGGCCAAAAGCAGUGGAGCUGAAGAUGUCACCCUCCCCUCAUUCAGACAAUAGGAUAACAGGACACCCCACCUGGUUCAGUGAUGUAUCUCCUCAAGGAGUUCAGUUGAUUCACCCUGGAAAUGGAAAUACCAUGAAUGAAUACUACAAAGAAAUGCGUGGCUUCCAUCCUCAAUAUCCAGGUCAUUCAGUAAUUGGAAUUAACUUGGCUAAUCAUGGGAUUCCUGUGUCUCAGGUCUCACAAAUUGAUCACGGUCAAAGACACAAGGUUCCCUCUCUCUCCUCCAGUGAGUCUGUGGGAAGUUUUAGUGAAUCAAAACUCGAGGGUUCUCACAUUCGGCACUCAGGCACCAUGGAUUUGUCUCAUAUAUCGCGAGUUCAGAGUGAGGCUGGAUCCCCCUCUUAUACUUCUCCAGUGACUAUAACACCAAAACUGGAGUUGGCUAUCACUUUGCAGAAGGGACCUCAAGGACCUGUUUCUAACAAGAUGCCAUUUCCUUCUUUAGCUUCUUCACAGAUGCGUUCAGACUUCAAACUUGAUCACACAGGACUUCGGUCUGUUGAUAUGGUGCAGUUGUUAACGAAGUACCCAAUCAUUUGGCAAGGUCACCUGGCACUUAAGAAUGACACUGCAGCAGUACAGCUGCACUUUGUGUCUGGUAAUAAUGUUCUGGCUCAUCGUUCACUGCCACCGCCAGAAGGAGGUGCCUUUCUUCGCAUUGCUCAGAGAAUGCGCUUGGAGGCUUCACAACUUGAAGGAGUUGCGAGACGUAUGACUGCUGAAAAUGAAUACUGCCUUCUUCUGUUGGCAUUGCCUUGUGGAUUGGACCAAGAAGAUGUCCACAACCAGACCCAUGCUCUUAAAACUGGUUUUAUCACUUACCUGCAAGCAAAACAAGCUGCUGGAAUUAUCAAUGUCCCGAACCCAGGCUCAAAUCAGCCUGCGUACGUUGUCCAGAUUUUCCCUCCUUGUGAGUUUUCUGAGAGCCACUUGUCUCAUCUUGCUCCGGACCUUCUCAACAGCAUCUCCAGUAUCUCUCCUCAUCUUAUGAUUGUUAUAGCUUCUGUAUAAGAGGGAGAUCCCAGCUUCCCAAAACCAACAUGCCAACACCAGCCUUUGGGACUUGCCAGUUUUUUUUCAUUUGUUUGUUUUUUUUUUACUCUGGAAAGCACCUCAAUGUUAGUAAAAUUAAUUUAUUUAUUUUUGGGUCAUGUAUGCACUCUUUUUUGUUCUUUCACCAGCCUUUUAAUUCAUUGACUCAUUUCCGCGUCCGUUUAGCUGUGUAUCACCUUAAAAUACACAGGGAUCAAUGGAGCUUUCUACAACGAUCAAUUCUCUGAUCAUUUUCCCUUUUUUUCUUCUUUUGAAGAUUUGUAUCUAUGGUUUUUAAAACACUGAAGAUCUUUAUUAGGAUAUGGGGUUCAAUUUUUUUUAUUGAUUAUGCUUUUUCUUUUCUCUCUAAAGAAUAAUCAGACCAAUCAUUGCACUAUGUUGUGAAAAUCAAAAAAGAAAAAAAAAACGUUUGUACAAAUUUGGUUAUUGAGAUUGUUAUUUUACUUUAUUACUUGGACAUGCUUCAUUCACCAGCCAUUUUUGUGGUAGAGACUAACUAAAAAUGUUAUCUAGUCAGUGUACUUCAAAUCAAUUUCUUUGACAAGUUUUAUAAAACAAGCUAAAUAAUAAUGUAACAUAAAGCAGCUACUGUUCAAUCAUAAGUAAGCAAGUUACUUCCAUGUUAUUUGUAGAAAUGGCUCUCAGUUGUACAGUUUACACUUGAUGCCUCAAUGGGGGAUUGUAUGUAUACUUUUUUCGCUUUCUUCUUAACUUGCGAAGUGAAUCGGGCGAAGGCCUGAUUGUAAAUAUGAUGUAUAUUUAAAGACCGUCAAAGCAGAUGACAAGCAAAAUACGAUUGACAACCUAAUGCCAUCAAUCGUGAAAGUGAACCGUCGUUUACCACUUGAGUAUCAUUUCAGAUUUUUGUUUUGUUGACCUUUUUGAAAUCAAUCCUGUGCCAUAAUUUUUAACGGAGAAACUAAAUGAAUUGAGAUUCAUCGAGUUUAAUUUUGAUACUUGACUUUGUAUUUGUCACUUGAUCUUUAAGGCCUGCUUUUACAUUGCCUUGUUUUAUGCUUUUUGUUCCCUACCUCUUUUUUUUUCCUUGUUGUUGACAACUAUUGGGGGAUCUGAACUGAUAUAGUUUUCUUUAGGACCCCUGAAGUGUUAAAAUAAUUCGUUUCUUUCUUGUUUGUUUUAACAUACCUUUGAAUGUCCAACAAGAACAGUGCAAUGCAAGUGGUAAAUAUACUUUGUAAAGAUUAAAAAAAAAGAUGAAAAUAUGUACAAAUCUGUCAGGAGACGUGAUCGAGACUGGCUUUUUAGUCUCAUUUCUUCAUUGGUGUCUCCUUGAGCCAAGCUGUAAAUAAUCAUUUUCAUUUUGUGUUGCUUUUCUUUUCUCUGUCUGUCUUUGUUUUGUUUUAGGUCAGGGUCAUUAUUUUGUUUUGUGAGACAAAACAAAAGUUUGUAAAGAAAACCGAUGCAGAAAGUAAACCAUGAGUCUUAGUUUUGCAGUUUCAUUGGGUCACUACAAAUCGUCUCAUGGUAAUCUUGAAGGCACUUAUGUUUUUGAUAUACAAAUUUAAAAUAUCAAAAUACCAAAAGAAAAGAGGAAAUGAAAACAGCUGAUCUUAAAAAUUGUUGUCUGAUUUAUUUCAUCAUUUUUUGAGUGUAUUUUGCGGUUCCUCUAUGAGGACAUUUAAAGAUGUAAAAUAAAUUUUGUUUGUUAACACCUCUGCAGAUCAUUAAAUGGUCAUUCACUCUC